GAAAGUGAUAAUUUAGUGUCGCUUCAUGAUCAAAUUCGUGAAUGUGAUAGAAUCUUGUCACAGAUGGAAACUCUCCUCAGUGGAUUUCAAGUUGAAAUUGGUUCCAUAAGUUCAGACAUAAAAGUCCUCCAAGAGAAGUCUAUGGAUAUGGGCCUGAAGCUUAAGAAUCGUAAGAUCAAUGAUGAAUACAUGAGAACUCUUGAGAUUCUGAGUAAGAAGCUGAAGUUUGUAGAAGUGGAUCCUAUGGUCAAAGCUUCAAAAGCUCUGAAAGACGUUCAACCUGAGCUUGAAAAAGUUAGGCAGAAAGCAGUUUCAAAGGUUAUUGACUAGAAUUACCGGAUG